GGUCUCCGAUCGCCGGUUUGUUGGAGCCUGGAAGAUCAGGAGGGUCCGGCGGGGCUUCGGCCCCACCUGAUGUCUACAGAUGAUGGUCCGAUGAUCACAGAAUCAUUGGAGACGGAAAUUGCACCCCGGAAAUCGCAGGGCGAUCGAGGUGCGAUCUCGGAAUCGCGUAGGUUGGAGGACGCAGCAGUUGCGAAGCAGAUGAAAGAUGGGCAUGUUGAGUCGAUUCACUAUGUUAGAACACACCACCAAACAACUACUGGAAAGAUCAAAGCAGAAUUUGGAGCUACGGGAAAUUCUCAGAAAAUCCCGAACCCUAGCUCUAAGGAUGAAGAAGACAGUGAAGUUGAAGAGGAGAAAAUUUCUCGCAAUUGGAGUGUUCUGAAAAGUAAUCCUGAGCUUCGCAAGACAAAGCCUAAACCGAAAAAGGAAAACGUGUCUUUGGAAGAAGCUGUACAUGAUUCUGAAAACUUAACAGACUUCCUCAUGGACUUUGAAGGCGAUGAGUAGUAACUCUAUGCACCUCAUGGU